AUGCAGUUCCCCAAGCUCACCCCUUUGCAGUCGCGUUUCGCUGCCACUUUCGCCGCGACCAUCUUCGUAUUCGCUUUGUUUUAUAUAAUCUCGACGAACUCUGGUAGUUUCGCCUAUGCGCUUGAAGGAGUCGAUCCGUUGACGUUGCGGAAUAGUGGUGCUGGUGAGGACGGUUCAACGAUAAUUUUCGAUGAAGAAGAUGAAGAUAGGAUAGGCAACAACGAUGGCGAAAUCGUUAGACGUGAUAUUGUAGAUCCAAUGGCGGUCAGCAAUAACGAGUUCCAGAUGCUCAAUAUCGAACUGGGCCAGACACAAUACUGGGUUUUCACCAAGGACGCCGUGCUGGGAACGCCAUCAGCUACGCCAGAGGGUCUUCCGGCCAAUAUGACGUCGGACAAUACGACAGCUCAAACGGUUGACCAGAAACGACAUGAAUUAAAGAAACGAUCGAAUACUGUGUACCUUUCGCUGAAUACUUGUUUGAAACCAAGUCUGAAUACCAGCAACCCGCAAGCGACGUCGACGACUGCACUGCCUCCAUUGACGGUUUAUGUAUCGACAUCAUCGAGUAAUAAGAAUCCCGGACCUGCGGGCAAUCCUUCUUUACAGACGGCUUAUACUGCGGAUCAGGGACAUAUGGGGACGACGAUUGAGAAUGCCGAUGAUGCCAUCUAUAUCGGAGUCUCAGCACCCAACUCGACCCUGUGGACGGGCAUAUACAAUUACCAAGUGGCGGCAUCGAUUGAUGCUUAUUUCCAUUCCGUUGACAAUGACACGAACUUAUACUUUGUGGACUCCGAUAUGAACUCAGCGCUUCUUAUAACGAAUAACUUAACUCAAUCUUCCGCGGGAUCCACAAACUAUCAACAAUGGAUGAACAUUACACCACCAUACACAAUUUUUGCAAAUAAUAUAAAUGAAAGUUCUAUUUCCGGGUUGGAAAGAUCGUAUUGCGCUUUGAAUCAAUUAGCGCAAAUGCGGCAGGGAAAUCAGGCCAUCAAUACGUCCAUGACGAGUCGGGGAUUGGGCAACAAGCCCAAGGAGCAGUUUUACGUUACUUAUCUGAAUAGCAGCUCGAGUUACUACGGCAUUCUCGGUAUGAAUGGUAACUCGACUCAUUCUGGGAACGGAGUGAUAGGCGGUGGUGGGAAAGUCUGGAGAGCGAUGAACUUUACAACGAAGACCGAUAACAACUGCGCUCUUCUGUAUAAUCUCGACUUUUGCUCUGAAGUUGCCUACGCGGUCCCCUCCAACCCCAACCUCACCAACACACAACUCGGACAGAUCUACGACAAGGCGGCUCAAUCGUACUACAAGAACUUUGACUACUCUCUAUCCCUAGUCCAAUGCAACACUUCCUCGACAUCAAUGUACUCUCUCGCCGUGAGCUGCAGCGACUGCGUCUCCGCCUACAAACAAUGGCUAUGCGCCGUCACGAUUCCACGAUGCUACGACUGGACGGCGACCUACUCCUAUCUCCAACCACGAAAUGCAGGCCAGGCAUUCCUAAACGGCAGCGUAAUACCAGCUGAUAGUCCUCUGGUUGCAUCACCCGUAACGAACGCAUCGCGCAAUUCAUUGAUUGACACCCAGAUUCGCCCCGGUCCGUACAAGGAGAUUCUACCAUGCACCGAUCUCUGCAACGACUUGGUGCGCACAUGUCCCGCGGCAUUGGGAUUUAAAUGUCCGACUGGGAAGUAUCUAAAUGAUUCAUAUGGCUAUAGAGCUUCGGAUGGAGAUAUUACGUGUAGUUAUUUGGGCGCGGCGUAUUAUUUGAAUGGAGCUUUUGGAUUAUCUUUGCCUGGUUUUGGGUCAGGAUUGGUGCUUGUUGGACUGUGGAUAAUGUUCUGGGUUAUCUAA